UGUUUCAAGGCUGGUCUGCCUGUUUUUGCCCUCUCAAACGUCUCUGGAGUGGGGUUGAAUGACCUGCUGGCUUUCCUGGCUCGUGUCUCCGCCGCCGAUUUGACGAAAACUGAUCUCGAGGGCCUUCUUCUGUCUCCCAGCGGGGUGCACCACGCGCCUCCCUGCCGGUCAGCUGCUGCCAGGAACGAAGAUGCAGAAGUGGACAGUACAGCGCCAGUCGCCGUGGAGUUCUCAGUCACCAAGGUCUACUGGCAUGUACCCGGGGUGAAGAGUCCGGUGCUGGCAGGCCUCCUAACUACCGGCGAGAUUCACGAGAACCAAAAACUCUGGCUGGGACCCAGCGAGGAGAGCGCAGAGCUGCGCUCCCCCAAUUCUCAAGACAUUCACAUUCCACUAAGCCCAAAGCGCAUUGCUUAA